UCCAUGUAAGGUCAGAAGAAACUGUCACUCCAAGGUCUUUCUGACUGGGAACGUGUUGCAAAGCUCGGGCAUCGAUGACGUAUUCAGCAACGAUUGGGUAGCGUUUUCUGGUGAUACUAAGGACUUUGCAUUUCUCUGCAUUGAAAUUCAGUCGCCAACUAUGCGCCCAGUUCUGCACAUUUUUAAAUUCCGUGUUUAGGUUUCUUGCAUCGCUUAGGGACUCAAUGGUUGAAAAGCAUUUUGUGUCGUCAGCAAAUAGAGAAACGUUUACAGAUGGUGAAGACACUGACGAAGGAAGAUCAUUGACGUAAAUUAAGAAUAACAAUGGACCAAGGAUCGACCCUUGAGGGACGCCAGACGUAACUGGGAGGGAAUCUGAUGUUGCACCGUGAACUAACACACGCUGUUGUCGCUCUGAAAGGUAGUUAGAAAACCAGUUUAAAACUUUGUCCGCGACACCGAAAUGAAAGAGUUUCUGAAGAAGUAGUUUGUGGUCGACGGUGUCAAACGCUUUGGCAAUAUCCAGAUACAAGAUAUCGGUUUGCAAUCCCAUGUCAAGGUUUUUGCCGAUGCGAUCAAGAACGGAAAGCAGUUGGCCAACACAUGAUUUUCCUCUUAGAAAGCCAUGCUGUUCAUCCGAUAACAUUUUCUGAAUGUGAUCUACCAAUCGAUUAUAAAUGCAGCGCUCGAGAACCUUCGCAACCACACACAUCAGUGAGAUGGGUCUGUAAUUCUCAACGUAGCUUUUGUUACCCUUUUUGUGUAGUGGAACGAUAUUAGAGAGCUUCCAUUCCGUCGGUAGAUUGCCAGAGUUUAGCGAUUUAUUGAACAAAUAUGUUAGUGAUGGAGCGAUACUAGAAGCACAUUCCUUCAAUAAACGUGUGGGUAUGUUGUCAGGACCAAAGGCUUUAUUGGGAUUCAGACUGUUGAGUGCAUUGCGAACUUCGCACUGUUCAAGGAUGAUCUCUGUGAUGGAUUCAUUGGAAACAGGUGGAACUGGAUGGUAGUUCUCAUCAGACUCUUUUAAAAACACCGAAUUGAAAUAAUAAUUGAAAAGGUUAGCUGUUUCUUGUGCGUUGCUUGAACUGGUACGCAAUGAAUUUGUACCAUUUGCAGAAGACACUUGUUGUGGUAUUCUGCAAGACUUAGUGGUUGUUUUGAAGAAGGACCAGAAGCGUUUUGGGUUGGAAUACAGAGACUUGCUCAUUGAAGCAAAAAAAUUUUCUCGACUGUCCUUAAUUAACUUCUUGGCUGUAUUUCGAAGUGAUUUAUACUUUUCCGUGAUCGAGUCUGCACAAGUCUUGAUGGUGCGUCGCAGUUUUCGGCGAACCGUUUCUUUCUUUUUGAGCACAUUCAAUAUUUCACCAGUAAUCCAUGGUGGAUUAAACUUUCCUUUGAUGGUCUUCUGAGGAAUGUAGUUGUCAGCGAUUGUGAGAAAACUAUCUCUCCAGCAAGUCCAAUCGUCGUUAAUGUCAGAGGUGGAAUCAUUUGUCAUCCAAUCAAACUCGAACGUCUCCAGAGCCCUGUUCAUUCCUUCAAAGUCCGCACGUUUGUAAUCGUAAGUUGUUCUUCUGAUCUUGCGAGAAGCUGGUAAUUUUUGCGUGAAUUCAAAGAGAAUGCAUUUGUGAUCCGAGAAUAAAUUAUAUGUAGAGGAGUCAAUGAUAUCGACAUUAGCAAUGUUGUCAGGCAUAUUUGUGAGGAGAAGAUCAAGAGUGUUCUGUUCUCUUGUUGGAAUGUAAACCAGUUGACUAAGAUAAUGAUCGGACAAUGUAUUGUAAAAGAGAUAUUCAGGUUCUCCACCAGGUAUUACAGCACUUUCAGACCACGAGAUUUUAGGAAAGUUAAAAUCACCGGUGAUGAUUAUUUUCUCGUACGCACGGCCAGCCCACUUCAAGAACUCUUUAAAAGAGAGAAACCAAUUCUGGGUAGAAUUUGGAGGUCUGUAGCAGCAAGCUACAAGAGUCUGCUUGUCUUUGCCCGUACUACACUCAACGCAAACGAUUUCAAGAUCAGGGUAUUGAUCAAUGGCCACUUGUUUAACUUCAGUAAAAGAGAAUUCCUUAAUAGCGAUAAGAACACCACCUCCAGUUUUAUGUUUUCGAUCGACACGAAAUACGUCGUAGUUAUGAGGAAGAAUUUCUUUGUCGAGAUGUUUGUCAGACAACCAGGUUUCGGUGAGAAAGAUCAUGUCAAGUGGUUCAGAGUAUGCUAAAUCCAGAAAGUUUGUAUGGUUUGACCAUGUUUCUCCGUCGGGUAAUUUGUGCCAACUGAAUAGACUGCGGCAGUUCCAACUCAAACAACGGAAAGAAAACGUUGCAUGGUUAUCUUUGGUCUUGCAAGAAUUCGAUGUGUUGGAUAUAACUUUCGCAGAAUUAUUGCGCACCGUUGGUGGCUUCUUCCAGUUAUUUUCAUCAGAAGUAGUUGGUCCAGGGUUCCUUUCUACGUUGAAUGAGGCGUCAGUGUUAGGGUAGUAUCUAAACCUUGCUGCCAGGAACUUGUAUCGCCGCUUGAUCUUGAAGGAUAUACAAUAUAUACUUCGCUCAUGCAUUUGAAAAUGUUAUUUGCAUGUACAUGUCUCCAUACUUCCACACAGUCAGCAAUGUCAUUUAUGUUAAAAAUGCUAUCACAAUUCUGUAGCACCUGAGUAAUUUGAUAGUUGUCAAACUCAAAUAAGAUUCCAGUUGAACCUACAGGAAUAAAUUUAUCUGUACUUGAUGGCAAUAAACAUUUCCUAUAUUGUAAACGUUUUUUCUCAAGUUCCUCUUUCUGAUCUUUUCUCAUAAAACGUUUUCGAGAUUUAGAUUUUUCAGCAGUAGCCUCACUAUCGAAUGAGACACCAGGUAUGGUUCCAUGGUCUAAGCAGGUGCACUUUUUGCUACACCAGUCACAGCAAAGACAGCCUGACUGGUUUGAAUCAUGUGCAUCUCCAGGAAAAAGCUGACGAAUGAACUUUGUUCUACAACAUUCUGUUUCAACAAGCUCUUUAAUUUUGAUAUCACAAUGAGCCAUAAGAAGACCGUUGAAUAGGACAUAACAGAAACACUGUUUACCAUCUCUUCCCAACCUUCCAGUUUCUUGGACAAGAUUAUCUACUGUGGUUGAAGGGCCAAAGUGAAUGCUGCGAUAAACUCCCUUGCAGUUAAUGCCCAUUCCAAAUGCUAUAGUGCAUAUGCGAAGGCGCAAGUGACUAUUAAAUUUUGUCAUUUCCUUGACAACAUGGGUUUUCACAGAAUCUGGACUUCCAGCCUGAAGGCAAUUCUCAUAAUCAGAGGAAUCUUUCAAAAAGUUGAUGCUUCCUAAAGCCACUUGGAACAUACGAUAAAUUAGUGAGCAUUGCUUUCUUGUUUGGCAAAAAAUUAUACACUUAUCUGCAUCAAUUCCUUUGGCUUUCAACUCAUGCACCAAAAAUGCAAAAACGGUUUCUAAAGGCUGUUCUUUGUGCACAUACACAAACCUAAAACUAAUGUUACUACGUAGUGGUGGUUUUUCAAUUGAGUAUGUUGUGAGAGUACUCAAGUUUAGCAUUUUGAAUAUUGUAUUCUUAGUUGCUUUGGUGGCUGUUGCUGUAAAUAUGGCAAAUCUUGUUGAUGACAACAGCAAGGACUUGAGUUCACCAAGAUUGGUAUACCAUUGACUAAAUGGUGCUGCCCGAUGAGAUGUGGACUGUCCCCUAAAAUUUGAACAUAAAAAUUUUGUCAGUAGAAAAUUAAUAUUGUGACAGACAAAGAUUAUUGGGAAUUUGUGACAGACAAAGAUUAUUUCAGUAUAUGUACAGUAAAGGAGACACAUCAGGCUAUGUGGCUAACAUUUCAGUCCAUUUUCUGUUCACUUUAAUGUGUUAAUAUAAUAAUCUCUUUUAUACACUUACCACUGCACCAAACAGUGUGCCUCGUCAACAACGAUUGCUACGCACUGUUCGCGAAAGGUUUGUGAACUUGCUAACGUUCUCCAUCGUUUAUUUCCCAACAAACUUUCGGGUGUCGUGUAGAGCAAUGAAUAUACUCCGUCCUCAAUAUCUCGUAUAAUCUCCUCCUCUUGUCCAUCAAAUAUCCCAGCAGCAGAGAUACCGAAGGUUUCGUUGACACGCUUAAUUUGGUCUUGUAUGAGGGACAACAAAGGCGAAACAACAAGCACUGUACUUGUGCUAAUCACUUGGUCUUGCAAUACAUCCGUAAUAAUCGGUAUUGUUUGAAAAAUUAACGAUUUCCCGUAUCCAGUAUGAGCGCUGAAGAAUAAAUCAUUGCCUUUGAAAAAAUUUCGAAGAGCUUCUAUUUGGUCAUGAUAAAAAGAAUUUACUUUUAGAAGACAGCAAGCGAUAUUCACUGCUUCUGAAAACUUGUCUUCGUCAAAUAUGAUGCGUUCCUUGCAAUACGCCAUAUUGAAUUUACAUAUUCACGCCCCUGCAUAUUUAGCGUAUUAAUUUUCUUGCUUAAAUUAUUUUCCCCAAAAGCUGGAAAAGCGCGUAGCAAGCUAUUCGGCAUUGUUUCGCAGUCCCUUCCCUCCUUUACGUGGUAUGGGGCUGCCCGCAGGCUAAGUAUAGUCGAAUAAUAGAAUAUACGCCGACUCACUUGCGUGACGUAACAAAAAUCGCUCGUUCCAGUUUCCUUCGAACACGGACGCCUGCCAACCAAAAGCCCAAAUUUUGCGUGUUCAAACGGCUCUAAAAACUUUUCGAUUUGAUGAAAUCGAAAAAUUCUUUCGCCAGAACACUAUACUAAAUGAGUACUUUCGAUAGACUGAAAAAAUUUUUUUGUGUCAGGGGCACUUUAAGUUGCUACGCCUACAGGGAGAAGUUCGAAUAACUUCCCUUACAUAUUUUAACCUAUCUAUGGAAAAUGAAUCAGUUGCAACUAUUACGUUAAUGGAAGAACACGUCAAAAUCAAUAUGUGAGCAGUGUUACAGAUUUGCCCUUGGUACUAAAUAAAUACUUAUAUCCUGGUUAUGUAUGUUUGUAGGCCUAUUUCGCCAAACAUGCGCUUAUAACUAGGUUACCCACAGGGCAGUAAUGCUGCCUUCGACAGCAAAAGACAAACUACAGGGUGUUGAACGAGUCCUUCAGAAACAUCCUAUUAUUGUUAUCCUUGCAGGUUAACCCAUUUAUUGAUAGUACCAUACCACUGACUGAGUAUUAAAAAUCGUCUGGCGUUGGACAGGGUAAAUACUAAAGUAGGGGUCAUUACUGUGCUGAUGGAUUAACAAGAGACAUUGGCAGAUAGGUUUGUUAACCCAUUUACUGGCAGUACCCUAUACCACUGACGAGUAAAAUCUUCUGGCGCUGGAUAAGGGAAGGGCGCAUUGCCAGCUAAUGGGUUAAACCACCGUGGUUAAACAUAAGAUUUGAUGCUCCAGGAAAUGUAAACAAGCUAUCAGUGUAACAUCCCAGUUUAUAUAUUUAUAUACUCGGAAUAUUGAUUUCUCGUUUUUUUUCAAAAUUAUUUUAAAGUAUAACAACCAGCGAAGAAGUAAGCCACUAACUACCCUGCGCGGCUGCGCGCAGACUAUAUAAUGACAUAUAUAUAUCAUCCGUCCGGUCCGUCCGUCAUUCAUCCGUCCAUCCGUAUCCGCGUUUUAUCCUACCCGUUUUUAAAACACAAAGUUUGCAUAAUUAAGCAGUGCGGUUUGUCAUGAUCAGCAUUUUCAAAAGCGGCCAAUUAGACCAGGGGUUAAAGGUCAAUGACAAUGACAUGCAAGUGACCAACCUCCGUCGCAGGGACUUUCCACCGGCUGGGAAAGACCCUGCUAUCGGCUCGUCACGUGUCUCCCAGAAUCUGGGAGAUAGCAAACCAUUUUAGUUAGGGUGGGUACCUAAGUACGUUUUGUCAUUGAGCAAGGAGUGAGCGAAGAAAUAACCCAGAAAUCAUGCAGGAAAUAUUUACAAAAUUGUAUAUUUUACUUGUCAUGAAUACUAUGAUCAAUGUUACACAACAGUAAAUAUCAAAUUUCAUUGUGUGCAGAAUGUUGGUGAGCAAAGAUAGAUCAGAUUUCAAUAGACAAAUUAUGCCGAUACAGCUCGUCGAAGAAAUCAACACGUCGCAAACGUUACAAGAAAAUAUAUUUCCACACCAGUAGGCAGUACACUACCGACCGAUGUGGCUGUUAUUUAGCUAUUGAUGUCUAUCCUAAAGGAUUUAUUUAAUAUUAAGAUGUGUAACGAAAUAUAGAGAUCUUUUGAUUUCUGAAAUAUCGCAAACUAUGUUGCUUUGUAAACAAUGCUACUCGGACUGCUGAAACUUCAGAACCAUCCUCAGAGAUACGAAAAACCAGAAUCUGUUGAAACUUGAUGCUCAAGAAAUAUGUCGAAGUAUACCUCCCUGUUAUCAAACCUACGGUAAAAUAAUCCGACAAUAGCCUACUCAAAGAUAAGUGAAAGACUCGUCUGUGCGUGUAUGUUACAAAUACGAAUACUGUAUAUGUGUGACAUUUAGGACAUUUAGAGAAUGCAGUCCGCAUUAUAAAUUUGAUAAAUAGCUUUAAUUGUGACAUUAGCUUUACUGUAAUGAAAUUACUUUAUUGUAAUGAAGUACUUUGUGAAGUAUAAUACUGAAUCAAACUCUAAGACUAUGUAAGUGUUAAUAUAUCUGUGGUGGGUACAUAUGACUGCAUAUAUGCAUAUCAGACAUUCAGACUAGGUGUGAUAUCAGUGUUUAUGCCUUGGUUUAUGCUGUGGUUUAUGGAAUUAUCUAUGACUAUGUUCAUAUUAUAAAGUGUGUACUGUAUAUCAGAAAAAUACUGUUAUAAAUAUUGCUGUACCCUCCAUUACUUAGUGCAUGGAGGCCAAAAAAUAAUCAGUCUAAAGCCGUGAUUGUAUAUACUACCUGAUGAUACGCCCCUGAGGCUGAAAAUUGUUGUACUUUAUACUACCUGCCAACCUCCUACCCAACCGAUCUACAGGGUUUUUUAAUAAAUAUGACGAACUAUUUAAUUAAAAGUAUUUUCAAAGAUAAACCAUCGACAGUUUUAAAGUCUCUGUUCGGCAGUGUCCACACAUGUUUACAUUGUGAUUUGUGACAAAAAGUUAAUUACAUUUCAAAAUUUUAUCAACCUUCACUAUAAAAUGAGACGCGUACUAUUAGUAAAUCUGCACAAAGUUUAUCAACGAGUUUUCAAACAACAAAUCUAAUGUCAUAUUUUCGGAACAAAAUAAAAGUGAAAAUGUACAAACGUUGAGGACUGACCAGUUUGACAUGAAAAUAUGUUUCAAGGGAAUACCCAACUUCAAAGUAAAGUAUACAUUUUAUUUGUUUCUAGACUUGACUGUUGAUAAAUUGCUACAGUGUUUUUGUAAUUUAAAAGCAUGCAAACGGAGGUAUAAAAUAGAAGUUAGCGGGCGCUUCGAACAUAUAUCCCACUCCUAUUAUUUGAAAUUUAACGUUUUCUGUGGAAGCAUGUAAUUUGAUACUUUGCCACUCCCCUUUGGGCAAUCAAUUUUUGUAGAGUCACGUGACCAGCCGAUACCAGGGUCUUUCCCAAAAAGACCCUGGGUACGAGGAUGGCAAGUGACAUUUAACAUUGCGUCUCACUAAUUAAAGUUUGCGUGUUUAAUGUUUAUCAAAGAAACAAAAAUAUAUACAAGACAAUCUCACAUGUGGAAUUUGUUCACUUACCGGUACUGCCUUGUGAUGCAGUACAAGUAUAAAUACAAAAGACAAAACAUUUGUAAAUCCUAAAACAUAAUUAAAUCAUACGGCACAUUCAAGAUUUUAUUAAAUAUCGUAUUUCAGCCGCGUUUAUACCGCUUGGCGCAUUCGCUGCGUUUAUAUAUUCAUUUAUAUACACAGAAAAGCAUCAAGCAUGUCAUUGUCCUUGCAGACCAUAGGCAAAAAGCAUUUGUCAACCACAUACCAAAUUUAAACAAUCGUUAAAUCAUAGACAUGUCAUGGAAAGAAUAUGGAAAUAAUGUUGAAUGAAAGCUAGCAUCGCGUAUAAUGUUAAAAGCACCGCAUAUAGUGCUCGAACCACUGCGUAUAUUAAUUGCAAAAGCAACGCGUAUAUAAAUGGUGAAAGCACCGCGUAUAAUGCUGGAACCACCGCGUAUAAUGCGGGAACCACCGCGUAUAAUGCCGAAAGCACCAUGCACCGUAUAAUGCUAAAAGCACCCAAAAAAUGCCGUUUGAUCACUUUAAGCCAGCUAUGGCUUUCCAUAAAAGAUCAAAGAUGAAAGAUGAUCACAUUGUCUGUUUGCCUUAUGCCUGACCGCGCUGCACCACGGUUAAAAUUCACUGGUACCGUCAUGCAAUGCGCCAAAUGGAAAAUUUUGAUUUUGACCCACAAAACAAAAUUAGGAUCUGCCGCCUUGCUCGCUCGCUUCAGGCUCGCUCGCUGCGGCAGCAAUUAUAUAUAUAGAUUGGACACAGAUAUUUUCAAUGAAAUUUAAAGCGAAGAAUAGAACAAUCAAGUAAUAGAAUUGUGAAUAUUAAAAGCUGUACUUCACGUCAACUACAGAGCAAAGGAGCGACUAAAGACGUGACAAGACAAGACAAGACAAGACAAGACAUGCAAGAGAUGUGAUGCCAUAUAACCUAUAAUCACUUACUUGAUCAGUCAAUCCGAUCAAACUCUUGUUAAAGAGUUAAAAAAAAGUUUAUCUUUCAUGUUUUCAAGUUUCUUUACUUGAUCAGUCAAUAAAGCCGAAAUGAAUGCAGGAAACUAAAUGAAUACGUCGGCAGUGUUGCAGAUUUGCCUUUGACUGGUAAUACCUAUAUAUAUACCUGUAUCUAAUUUCUCUUAUUUUUCACCCUGCUCGGUUUCCUUUGUUCUUGUCGGGGAAUAUAUUCAAUAUUCCACUCUAAUCAAUUUCCGUUUAAUAAUCCCCUCUAAUAUUCACCUGCAAUUAAUAAUCCCCUCUAAUAUUCACCUGCAAUGUCUUUGCAGCACAAAAAAUGAGGAAAAACAACAUCGCGAAGGCAAUAUGGCAUUGAGAAUUAUUUCUAUUCUGACUCAUUAACGCGACCUCGCAGUGUGAAAAUAAGUACGUCCACCUCGGGGAUAUGUGUUUAUUCACCUCGGCGCUGCGCGCCUCGGUGAAUAAAUCACAUAUCCCCUCGUUGCCUCAAAAUAACCUAUACAUAAUUAUGUGUGUUAUUCUCCAUACACAACACAUGCAUAAUUUACACUAACUUCUAUUUUAAAGCGCGUUCAUUUCUCUUUCAAAGAAUGGCUUGUUUGUGUGUUUGUGUGUUUCUGUAACAACUGCAAAGCAUAAAAUGUAAAUAGUAGAACCCAUAAUUUUUAAAUGCCGUCUGUUAUUUCAUAGACAGUCCGUCACAUGAAAUUCAUUAAAUUCUUCUGUAUGCUGACUGCUGAGCCUAUGCAUAAAACUCAAGACCACGGCGUUUAAUGUGCAGCUAAUUUUUGAAUCAGUGUAAAUUGUCAGUGAUAAAAACAAGAGACCAAAUUUUGCAUUUACCAAUAAGUUGGCAAAUCGAUGCAAGUGUAAAAAAAACAACAUUUGAAUCGCAGUGGAGUAGCCGGAAAUGUGAAAUUAAAAUGUAUUCAAGUCAGUAUAGAAAAACACCCAUAUAAUUAUAUUAUCGUUCUGACUAACCAUGCAAGAUUAUGUCGCAGUUGCAAUCUCAGAGGUCCCCGCCUGUCAACCAUGAAAAGCCAUGCAAAUUGCGAUUAUUAAACGUUUCGACUUGAAGAUCCAAUAAUAUAGGAAAUACUUGAAACAUCAUCGAGAUACUCUCAUGCACGCUUUCGUUGGUAAAUUUGUAAACUACGAUCAUUUCGUUGCGUACUAUAGUCUAUAUCAGUUGUCUUAGAUAAGUGUGUAAUCUUCUACACACUUGUGACAGUUGAUAACUCACCACGAAGCUCAAUCGACGAGCAUAUAAUCGCAAAAAGAAUGAUAUUUAACAGUUUUAAUGACGACUUAACUACAGUAAGUGCACCCACCAGUGAAUAUAUAUUUCAAAGAUUUAGAAGAUCCUCCUUAUAUACCAGUUUAUGUCAUCGGAAACAUAACACAAACACUAAUUUAUUAAGGUAUUAUGAUUACGACUGUUGAAUAUUUCAAAGAACAAGUUCCUGCCUUUACAUUAUUUACAAACACUGCACGCAUGCUUAGGUCCCGAAAAUUGCGAAGAAUUGCGUGGGAUUCAGUGACGUAGCCAGAAUUUCUAGCCAAGGGGGGCCAAGAAAAUCCUAGAAGUGGCACAAGCAAUUUUAACCUCAGUGCGCUACUUCGAAUAGUGUGAAAACGUAUCCUUGCAUGGACGCCCAUGCUAUUCAUGCAUAAUUAUCAGAGGAGGUUGGAAGCCCUUCCCGGCAUGCAUUGUAAGUCAUUAAUAUUAUCGAUUUCCCGGGACGCGCCGUCAUUGUUCGACUAGCUCUCGUUGUGUUCGCUACUCAUUUACAAGGAGCGGUAUUCAAAAGUACAAAUUGAAAAUUGUAAAUUAUGGCGAAUUUUCGUACUGUUCGUGGCAACAAAGCUAUUGAUUUGGAUGGACGUGACAAUCUUUAAUACUUUAUGUAUAUUGUGUGUCGAAAGAGCGACUGGAGCUGCUGAAGGGAUGUCGAACUUCUAGUUUUAUGGAUAACGACAUUGGCGUAAAAGUUGAAGAUAUUAUAUGUUCGCCGAAUGCGAUAGUCCUUCAUUGAUAGAAAUCUAUUCUAGUUGUGACCUUAAGGUGCGAUUAUUUUAUGAUUUAAUUGGUGGGAAAAUGGGCCAUUUAUACUCGGAAAUCACACAAGUAUUUGACUUUAUAUCAAAUGAGUUAAAUCUAUUUUAAUAUAAAAGCAGGGAGGAGGGGCAAAGGGGGCAGAAGUGCACUUUGAGUUAUAGAAAUUGAUGAAAUUCUGCCUGCUAAAUCGUAUCUCCAGUUUUGGGCAAAGUCAUGAGUUGUGAACUUGAAUGUGACCUGAUUAAUCAAGUGUGUUUGUGCAGCUACAGUUCCUUGAGUAGACUUUAUUACCAGAACACAGAACAGCUAUUGUCAAUGGAACAUGCACAAUCAGGCUUUCAUUGGCAAGUCAACACAUAAUUGUAGGUCUAUAAAUGUGCCCUGCCUUUUUAUUGUUCCAACGUCCCUGUAUAAACACAUCAAAUACUUUUUACCGGUAGUACUUAUGUUGUGUUCUGUUGUAGACUUGUAGGAGUUUAACAUUAUUCCAUCACCAACUUCUGUAACAAUCCGACCACCCAAGCUGGAUAUUUUAGAGGAUAUACUGAAUGACCUACCACUGGUGAAUUUAGAUGAGCCAUUGUUAUGCAAUUGCAUUAAGCAGCCAUUAAAUCCUAUGUGUUUGGGUAAAAUUCAUGGUGAAGAGAUGCCUGGUGAUGUUGAAAGCAUUGGUGCAGAAGGUGGAGUUGCAGACAUGGACAAGAUUGAUGAAAUUCAGCAGUUGACCCAAUUGUUGGGUGUGGAACAGGCUACUGGUGAUGCUAAAUACAUGAAUGAUUCAAGCUGUGAUUAGGAAAAUGAUGGAGACAAGGAUUCUGAAGGACAAGGAUUGUGGAGGAGACAAAUUGUAUCCUGAGAAUUAAGACAAGGAUUGUGGAGGACACUUUGUAUCCUGAGAAGUUUGUUGUAGCUGGUUUCUAGCGAGAACAAAGAUACCAACUUGUGAUAAUCAUGUAUAGAUGAUCAAAAAAUCUCAAGUUGAAAUUUAUGUACAUGAACAUGAGCAAGACAUUUUUAGUUGAGAUUUUCAUAUAAAUUUAUUCCUAUUAAAACACUGUUAUUAUUUCAGGUAAAUAUUUGAUAUUAGUAUUUUUGCACAAGUGAACAUCACAAAUCCUACAAGGUGAUUGGUCAAAUUUGACAUAUUAAUCUGUUAUUUUCACCAUCUAAAUUUUCAAAAUGGCGCCUAGCCGUUUUGUUGAAGUUAACUAGUAGUAAUAAAGAAAUAAGUGAAAUUAAAAUGAAUUCAGACCAGAAAAACACAAAAAAACUUGUGCAAAAAUACUAAACCUCGACUUCGUCUUGGCGAAUAUUCCCCGAUAAUCACUUCAGCGAAUAAUAGUUAAAUAUAAUUUACCAUUCCUUUUUCAAAUAAGUAAAUGUUUUCAAACUCAAUUUGCUGUGUUUGUUUACUGCAGUUAUCAAAUCCCUACUUUAUCUUAUAGUCCACCUUGUGCAUGUGUUCUUUAACUGUUGUAUAUUUAGCACAGAUGGAUCACUGAUCUAAAGAUGGACCCAGUAUGAUGUGGUAGGGCGGGUGCUCUGCCAGCUCUUGUGCCGAGUUGUUGUCAGUCACAUGCGCCACCCACCCAUCAACUUACUUGACUAUAGCAAAGUCUUGCUUGACUACUGUAUUGUAAUUGUUGUUAACGAACACUUUACUUAUCAUCAUGUUAUUGCUCAAAUUACUCAUUUUGUCUCUAAUAUUUUUUGCUUUAUCACGAAAAUAGCCCCCCCCCCCGCAUACCCUCUGGCCAGGGCUAGGUGGGGGGUGCACACACCCCAGUAAAUCCAUCCCUGAUAUUUGGUGGUCAUAAUGCAGUGGUCAUACACAAUUGAUGUUAAUAAAAUGCUUUAUUCAAAGUUACAAUAUAUAAAGUAAAUACUUAAGAUUCGUUGCAACAUUUUCAUGUCACCAAUACACCAAUAUUUACAUGUGUGCAUACCAAAAUAUGUAUCUAAGGCUGGUAUGGGCAAAUUUAUAUAACAGGUUUGCUCUUAUUAUUCUGGACUGUCUGGUUCAAUAGUUUCAUUGCUUGAAUGGAUCAUGAGCACAACUUGGCUGGAUUAGAUGUUAUACCAUUUGCCAAAGCAAGAUGUAGGAACAGUUUGUUCAGUAACAGUUCUAAAUCAGCAUUAAAUUAAUAAGUUGAACUUCUCCCUUACUUAGGAUCAACAAUAUAAACAACAAUGCCAUCAUUGUCAGAUUCCAUUUUCAGAAAAUAUAUUCGAAUUCUAUAAAAUUAAUGGUAAAAUACAGUGUAUUUAACUUAAAUGCAGCAAUUAAACUCAAGAACGAUCGACAUAUAUGCCCAUGCUUCGAAAUAAAACAAAAAUAAUAACGACUCGUACAGUAAUUUUCCUCGCGCCAUAAUUCGACUAUUCCCGCGAUGGGCGACAUAGUAUACUGAAAAUGCCCCAUUUUCAAACCGCGAUUACUCGUCAGUUUGAUGGGGACAAUUCAUUUUUUAAACUUCUCAUAGAAAGAACAACUCUUCCUGAAUACGAUGGCGUGUCUUUUAUUUAAUUUACUCAUUUAUAAACCCAAUUGUCCCCAGUGGUUUUGAAAGCCACUUUUGACACUUGUGCAUUGACCCGGAAAACAGGUCAAUACAAAUUGCGAUUAACAUUUAACUAAACGUUGUUAAAACACCAAAUGAAGCAAGAAUCGUCAAUUUGACUCAUAUUUAAAACAAUUAUGAAAACUUAACUUCAAAAAUACGAACUUUUUGUGGCGAAAUAUCGAAAUAAAUAUCCACAACUUUUCCAACUAACAUUGUGAAAAAUCAUGAUUGUGAAUAUUAAUGAGUUGCAAUGCAUGCUGGGAAGAGCUUCCACCCUCCUCUGCAUAAUUAUAUAGUACAAUGAACUUUUAGGGGGUCCAUAUAUGGGUACGCUCCCCUGCGAAAUUUUUUAAAUUCAAGAGUCGGAAAAGUGCCAUUUUCAGCAUUUUGGUGGUUACUUUAUAAUGUGUUUUGGUUUUAAAUACCAUUUAAAUUAAACACAUAACACAUUUCUACAAAUCCAGAACAUUUAAAACGUGCAUAGGAAGAUAUCAAAUUUCCAUUACAAGAAAUUAAAAUAUUAUCCACAUGCUUGUACUCGCCAGAAUUUUUUUAAGUGGGCUCAAUAUUUUACCAGGGGGGAUGUUGACCCCGGGCCCCAGCCUCUGGCUACGUCACUGCGUGGGUUUGAUCAUCCAGUUCAAAUUUACAACUCCAGUUACAGAUUCAAUCUAGAGCCAGAAGGAUGGAGUUUGUGUCCGAAUUAAUGGCUCCAACUCCACAAAGCCUUCGCCUAUUCUGACAAUAUUUAUCAAGGAGUGCGACAGUAUAUAUAAGAAAGGUCCGGAUGUGAGUUUACUUUUUGUAUGGAAAUGCUGGUUUUUAAACAAAAUUCUGUGAAGACUUGAAAUGAAAACAAAAGAGGACUGUGGACUAUGUGAUUUAGGCAGCGUUUACACUGUACCGUUUUCGUAGCGUUCUCGUAUUGUUCUUAAUCCUCAAGGGAACGCAAGACAAUAGUCUAGUUCUCUCGAACAAUACGAGAACGCUACGAAAACGGUACAGUGUAAACGCUGCCUAAGAGAUAAGCAAUAAUGGCGAACAAAGCAGAAAUUUAGAUAUAGAUAGAUGAUAGAUAGGUUUAUUAAAAAGAAACACAUUGCAGUCUACAAUGACUGAAUUGCGUGUUAUUUUACAACAAAGGUUAAGUUCAAUAGAGCUACAAUUUACAGGAAACAUUUUAAUUCAUAUCAAGUUAAUAAAAUAUAUACUAUAAGUGUUUAUAAAUAGAUUUAUAGAAAUUUAUGUUGAAAGGUUAUAUAAAAUUGAGUAUCUAAGAAAAUUCUUUGAUGCACGCCGGUAUAAAAGUUUUUAAAAAUCUAUCUGCUUUUAUCUUUGGAAGUUGAAACUCUUGAGUUUUUCUGAAAUCGUAGUUCGCAGAGUAACGUUCAGGCAGAAGGGAUGAUAAUUUAUGAUGUGGUUUGUUGAUGAGUUGAUUGGAUAGUUUUGAGCAGGCCUUGUAUCGCCGAUCACUGAGAGUAAUAAGGUUGCAUUUUUGCAAACGCUCGGGAUACGGCAAGCCUGGGAAAAUUAUUGAGGUGACUCUUCUUUGGACUUGCUCCAUGGCGUCACUAAGAUAGGUAGGCAGGGCAAAAUGGAAAACUUCGCAGCUGUACUCGAGUACAGACCUUACACAUGUGCAGUAAAAGUUAAUUAUAUCUUUGGCGGGCACUUUUGCGCGUUUAAGCUGUAUAAUGAAGUAUUUUCGUUUGUUGACCUUCUUGAUCAACAUUUUGUUUAAGCUGUAUAAUGAAGUAUUUUCGUUUGUUGACCUUCUUGAUCUCAUUUCGGCGACGUGUUUGGACCAUUUCAAGUCGUUACUGAUUGUCAGUCCCAAAAAUUUAGCAUGAUCAACUAGUUCGAGAAUUCCAGAACUUAGGACAACAUUGGGAAAAGGGCUUCUAACUGUCGUAAACUGAAACAGUAGUUCUUGACAUUUUGGAACUUGAAGUUGGAGUUUAUUCUGCACAGUCCAAUCUUCCAACUGGUUUACUCCUGUUUGAAUAGUACUGUGACUGUCUUUUGAUAUUACUUCAGCAGCAGUAGUAUCGUCAAUAUAUUUCCACAUUUGGAAAUCAGUUAAAUUCAGAUCGUUUAUCAUGAGUAUAAAGAGCCAUGGGCCUAGUUUUGUCCCUUGAGGAACUCCGGAAGGAACAUUUCCCCAUUCGGAGAAACAAUCCCUGGCGAGUUUAACUCGUUGUUCCCUAGAUGUAAGAAAGUCGAUAAUCCAAUUAAUAAUAGGUAGAGGAAUUGAGAGCUUCCGGAUUUUGUGAACCAGGAUGUUGUGAUCAAUCAAGUCAAAGGCUUUGCGGUAAUCAAACAAGAGGAGGCGAACGGAAGCGCCAGUUCCGUCGGUCGCUUGAGCACAUGUAUGAAUAAUACUGAUGAGGGCGAAAGUUGCUGAUGAUUUUGGAAUACCCCCAAAUUGAUCCUGAUUGACCACCUCCACCACGUAUUUUUCAAUAAGUAUGUCUUCGGCCAACUUAGAUAAGGCUGGAGUUAAUGAAAUAGGUCGAAGAUUCUUGUUUAUAUCACGGAUUGGUUUAUUUUUCGGGAUGGGUGUAAUGUUAGCUUGUUUCCAAGCGUUUGGAAAUUUUUGUUCCAAGUAGGAAGAGUUGACAAUGAUGGAGAUAGGAUUUGAUAAAGUUUCUGCAAAUUCUUUCAGGAUCCAAUUUGGAAUCCCAUCUGGGCCAGGUGCCUUGGAACGAUUAAGACCAUUAAGUUUAUGAUUUAUUAACUCUGGUGUAGUUAAUGCGUUGGUUGGAAAGUAAUCAGACUGUGAAGGGGUUUCCGUGGUCGUAUCGCUGAGGGCAGAGAAGUUUUUCAUAGGCUCGAGGAAGGUGUUAUUGAUUAAAUUUGCUAGAUCAAGUAGUGAUAGAUCUAGAUGGUCUGUAUUUUCUAAUUGGAGCUGGGAAAUGAAUGCUGGGGAAUUAGAAACUGGAGUCAUGCCACAGAGGCGUUUCGCCUCUCGCCACCAAUCUUUUGGUUUCAAUUGUUUCAGAUGUUCAACUUUGGAGGAGUAAUACUUAGCACGACAGGAUUUCCUCAUUUAAUAUAAUAAAGCGAAAAAUUUCGCGUUCAAAAAUUCCAAGCAUAAAUAUACAACGUACUUCUGACAACCCAAUCUCGGGCCUGCGAUCCUCGGGAAGGAACGUGAGGCUCUGCCAUAAUCCGUUUCAGGGCGGAAUCUGAUUGGCCAUUGAAAAGGAAUGCGCGGUUCAAUCUUAGCCAGGAUUCUUGGCUUCCGGCAAUGGUUUAUCCCAGAGCCUCACGUUCCUUCUCGAGGAUCGCAGGACGAAGGCUCGGGAAACGAGAUUGCUGACAACCAAGAAAUUCAAUGUAAAUAUUACAUAAUAAAGUUUUUGACACUUUCAUUGCCUUUAUUCGAUUAGUCGUUGUUUUAUAUUAUUGCAUUUUGUAUUGGAAUAUAUAUAUAGGCCUACACUUUUAAAUGUAUGCUCUUGAGGGAAAUAGUUAGUUUCUAAAUGUUGGAAAAAUUGAGAUUCGAGGGACGAGGGGAAACAAAACUAACUAUUUUCCGAGUGACCAGACAUUAAGUGUUUCUUUAUAUAGCGACGAAAGGAAAAUCAACAACAUUCGUACAACAAUUGUAUUUCAUUUCAAAAACUCUAUAGUAUAAACGAGUUUAAAUUUAAAAGAACCUACUUAACGGUUUCAGUAGCAUAUCCUAUUGCCUGUUGUUAGUUUUUCUUCCCUUUUACAUUCUUCAUUUUAACACAAAGUAGGAAAAUCGUCGUUAUAAACUUGCAAGUUGUGCCUCUAUUUUGUUUAUUUGUCUACCUAGCCGGUACGGUCGAGCAACAACUUUUCAGGUGUUGCCCGGCUGGACAUUUACAUUGCAUUUAUCUAACACCACGUGACCACAAAUCAGCUAAUCAUGUUUGGUGUUCACCCUAGAAUAUAGUACACAAAUUUAAUUUGCAAAUUAACCCCAAUUUGAGGUUGGUGAGUGUUCAAUCUCAGUGCUUCUGACUUUGAAAUACAGUGAACAAGAAAAUAAGUUCACAAAUCAUUGAUUUAAUACCAGAGAUUCAGCUAGUAUAAGUAAUUUAGCCAUUACUAAAUAAUUUUUGAAAAGUUAUGCUCAAACACCAAAUUAAUUUGCUGGACAAAUACGUUUCGACUAUAUAGGUGACUUUUCAAUCAUCUCUUCAUAGACGUGUUCUGAGAAUGUUUCAUAAGAUGAGAAAUUGUUUAAUAACAAUGUUUUGUUUUCCAGAGCAACAAUCCUUCUCAAAAUGUAGGUGGAUGACAUGGCUGACAACAGAUUUAGUGAAGUCUGUGGGAUCCUAUGAUGUCAUAGAUAUUAAACACCCAGAACAUUUGGUAGCAGAACUCCACAGUUAACUUGAAAUCAAAAUUACCCUACACGUACCCCGUGCAACCUGAGCGAUUGCUGCAAUAUGUCAAGGGUUCUUUUUUCUCUAAAAUUGAUAUAUCUAUCAGAUUGGUCCAUCUGCACUCCCAGUCUAAUCUGGGUAACAACGGAUAAGUAUGAUUGUUAUUAGCCUCCUCCGUAAGCAACUCUAUGGUAUUUUGUAUUGUAAAUAAAUCAAAUGGGGGGGGGGGGCAGAGAAAGAAAAAAACGAAGGAGUUGCCGAACAUACCUUUUCCGAACUUACGCAUAUAGCUUGCGCAUAAGGAAAACGUUCAAAAUGUUGUGUAGUUUGUCAUUGCAAAUACAAAUAUGGCGCUGUUGACCGAAAAAGAAAAAGAAAAAUUCUAUGGAACACUGACAUCUGUACGACGGCUGAAACAAGAUAAUUUAUGUUCAGUAUUUGAACUAAAUAGUUCUGAUCUUGAAACUUCGUUUGAAGCAAGUUCAAUGUAGGAAGAGGCCUUGAAAUUCGGUUACGGUUUGUUUCACUUGACCAACUGUAUUCUAAAACUAAAGAAAAGCCUGAUAUUUUUCAAUGCGAAAACGUCAAUAGUGGCGAAUCGCGCGAAUCUUUUUUCUUAUUAGCUCUCGGCUGGAGUUAGAUUUUUAAUAAAUUCCUUUCAAUUUAUAACAAUAUUAAUUAAAAAAUUCCCUUCAAGCGAAGAAUUUCGCUUGUGGAAAACAGGCUUUACUCACUUGAGCAUAAUCGUGAUAUUGGUAACAAUUUGGAUGAAGUUUUUGUUCAUGCACUCAUUCACUACUUUGGUUAUCCAAGUUUUAGAACCUUUCAAAAGGAUAAUAUAAAAGCAACAAUGACUGGAAGAAAUAUCCUGGGAAUAUUGGGCAGUGGCAAUUGCAAAUCUCUUACAUUCAUGCUUAAUCCUGCAGUAUACUAUCAAGCCUCCUGCUGUGGUUGUUGUACCUACCAAGUCUGUGAUUGAUUGUACAGGGUUAAUAAUAAUAAUAGCUAACUGUUUUGCGAAAUUGAGAGCAGUUUCAAAUCUGUUCAGUUUUUCUUUAUACACCCUGUAUAUUAUAAUAUAAGUGCAUAGGAUAUAACAGACAAUUUGAUUGGCUAAUGCGUUUGCAUUGUGACAGUAAUGAACAGUGGUCCGUGGCACUGCCUUGCUUUUGUUCCCCACUUCAAAUAUAAACAAAACUAGAGAGCUUUUAAAAUUCAAAAUUUAUCAGAAAGCAAGAAGAAAUAGACAAAAGGAACAAACAAUUUUAUCUACUGUAUAGUUACAAUCAGUGACAAAACACUUUAGACAAAAUAGCUAAACAGCGUACGUUUACAACAUAAUCGACCCCCCGCACCCCCCCUUCAAUGUUGUGUGUGGAAAUACCUGCGCAAAAUGUUCCUUGCCAGCGACCCAACAUUGUUUAGGGUGGGGGAGGGAGGGAUAGUGUUAUUAAGCUGAACAGUAUUUGGAAAUGCGCAGAUAUGUCUAUAUUAUAUCACUGUCCAAAAAGCUUUUGUCACUGAUUGUCUAGGCAGUUGGCAAGAUAUUGUAUCAUAUUAAAUAUCAAGUUUUUGUACAUGUUCAGCCUUGAUUGAAAAGUUUAAAUUGACCAGGAAACUGAACAAGUAUUUACCCAUUAUAUGGCUGGUCGGCUGAUAAUAAAGUUAUUUCAGAUAAAUGUGAUAUAGGUAUAAAUUCGGACACGUAUAAAUGGCUUAAAAUGUAGGGUUGGAACGGAAACGUUUGUACUGUAUCCAAUAAAGUGUUCAAAUUUGAAGUGUGUAGUAAAGGAAAUGAGCAGGAAAAAUAUAAUUAUUGUUAUGUAGGUGUGCUAACAUAAUUUUGUAGGGUGUGUUCAUCAGAGAAAGUAUAUAAAGAAUCAAUAAGUUUAUGUUCACAUUAAACUAAACUGCAGAGUUAUGUCUGCUAUACAACAGGAUAUCCCUAAUUCGUCUCCACUGCAACGGUCAGUAUUUCUAAUUACUUUUAGUCAAUGCGAUGCUUCUGGUUUAACGAAGCCAGACUUUGCCAAAGUUAUAGUCAAUGCCUGGAAAUCAUGUUACAGAUCGAAAGUUCUACAAUGGGUAGUGAGCGAAGAGCAACAUCAAAAUAGCGGUCGUCAUUUCCAUAUGGCCAUAAAACUGAACACAAAAUCACGCUGGCUGCGUGCAAGAAAUUAUAUUGACGAGAAACACGGAAUUAAAGUAAACUUUUCGGAUCACCACGACAAUUAUUAUGGGGCAUAUAAAUAUGUAACGAAGGAAGACGCCGAAUUUAUUGUUUCCCCUGAUCACCCUGAUCUAUCCAACACGACUGGUCCCCCUAAAACGUCAAAUGCAACAAAAAAGCGGAAAUGCAAUCGAAAGGCCUCAAAAAACAAACGAAAGCGCUUGUCAACAUUCGAUGUUGUACAAAUUAUACAACAUCACAAAAUUACGUGUCGUUUAGAACUUAUGGCGUUGGCAGCGAGAUGGAAAGAUGAAGGCAAGACGGACUUAGCUGAAUUUGUGUCUAAUAGAGGCAGCAAAGUAGUGAAUGAUGCUUUGGAGACAGCCAAAGAACUUAGUUGCGCACAAGAACGUCUUCUCAGGUCAAAGAAAUCGCGAAUAGAGCUGUUGAAAGAUCAACUGGGCAAAACCUGCGAGGGCGGUUGUGAUGGUGCUUGGCAACGUGCUGCGCUUGAAAUUUUAGAUAUGAAUGGGAUCCAAAAGUCGGACUUUUCUUCAGCCAUGUAUGACGCCCUAUCUAGAGGAAGGGGGAAGUACCGAAAUAUUUAUACUUACGGUCCAGCAAAUUGGGGAAAAACAUUUUUUGUUUCACCCCUAAAGAAAAUAUACGAAUGUUUUGUUAAUCCCGCAUCUGGAAAUUUUGCUUGGUUGGGAAUUCCCAAUGUUGGACUGGUUCUGGAAACGUGCAUGAACGCAUUAUGAUUAAACUAGAAUAAUAACAUACAAUGUAUGCGCAAAUUAACCAUGUUUACGCUCACCAAAACACGGUAGUUAUUAUAUUUGUAAACACCAUUGGUAAUACUAUAAAAUACAAGUAAUUCUAGCUUCAAUAACUGAAAUUUUAAUUUGGCUUAAAAUACCGUUUCGGACAAUCAGUGACAAAACACUUUAGACAAAAUAGCUAAACAGCGUACGUUUACAACAUAAUCGACCCCCCGCACCCCCCGUUCAAUGUUGUGUGUGGAAAUACCUGCGCAAAAUGUUCCUUGCCAGCGACCCAACAUUGUUUAGGGUGGGAGAGGGAGGGAUAGUGUUAUUAAGCUGAACAGUAUUUGGAAAUGCGCAGAUAUGUCUAUAUUAUAUCACUGUCCAAAAAGCUUUUGUCACUGAUUGUAGUUCUACGUGAUAAACAGUAAAAUUAGCCGGCUUGGCAUUCGAAUGUGAACUUUGUCACCACAAGUUUUGGGCAAAAGCGUGCAAAAUAGCCGAGAAAACCUUGAAAAAGAUACAAAAAUACCAAAAUCUUAAAAAAAGGAAAAAACUGAACAUAACUGAUUUAGAAAGUACCUUCAAUGCUUCCGAUAAAAACGGCUACUGUGAGAAACGUUAUUCUAAGCCAAAUGAAAAUUUUAGUUAUUGAAGCUAGAAUUAUUUGUAUUUUAUAGUAUAACCAAUGGUGUUUACAAAUAUUAUAUAUGCCGUGUUUUGGUGAGAGUAUACAUGGAUAAUUUACGCAUACAUUGUAUGUCAUUAUUCUAGUUUAAUCAUAAUGCGUUUAUGCGCGUUUCCAGAACUACUCAAACAUUAGGAACUUCGUAGUUUGGAACUGCAAGCUAAACUAGUGCAGCAAUCUGGAAUUUAGGGCUAGUAAACACGUUCGGAAGCAAAUGCAAUUGUCUUUAAGUGCUUAUUACGUAACUUUUGUGGAGAAUAUAACGUCAUCGUAAACAUCCGGAUUAAUCUCAAAGCUGUAGUAUUAUAAAGCGCACAGUAUGCAUGCUACAAAUAAGAGGUAGUUAUAUAGAAAGCAAGUAAUAAUGGCUUAUAAAACAAAUAUUUCAGAUACAACGCGAGCAUAUGUGCUAUUUCUAGGCAAAUAGGAACGAUAUUCCUGCUGAACGAUUGCUAAAAAAGCAAAAAAUCUAAAUCGUCAGUCUCUCUUAUCUAAGAGGAAAAGUUCAGCGCAAGCAAAAUUUGAAGACAUGCAAGAAAAUUGGUAGACCAACGACGCUGUCAGGUAGAGAUCGGAGAAAUUAUUAAGAAUAAUAAAAACUCUUCGUGAUAAAGACCCAUAUUUUACUGUUAAGCGCUUGGUUGCGCACAGCAGGCUGCUGUCGCGUCAUAUUUCCUAUAGGACAUCUUAUCGUGAGGUGAAGGCAGCUGGAUUUGAUUAUUUACCUGCGCGUAAAAAGGGGGUUUUAGAUAGAUAGAUAGAUAGAUAGAUAGAUAGAUAGAUAGAUAGAUAGAUAGAUAGAUUUAAUAAAAUACUUCGCAGCCAUAGGCUGAAUUGCGUAUUUUUUUACAAGUAAAUUUAACUAAUUACGAGAAUAUAAAAGAAGAGUUUAUCAAGCCAUUAUGAUGAUAUUCCAUAUAAAUAUUAUAUAUACAAGAUGUUUAUUACUUUAAUAUACUAAAAAAUUUAAAAUUAUUAAAAAUAUUAGGUCAUUUCAAUAGCAUUAGAUAAAUGAUUUGCGGCACGAAGCCACAAAAAAACUAGUUUGAAAACGAUUAGUGUUACAUCUAGGAAUUUCAAAUUUCCUAUCGGUUCUUAAAUCAUAAAAAGAAGUAUGUGUAGGUGGCAGUAAGCUUCGUAACUUAUCAUUUUCAUCAGCAACUACUGUUUGAAAUAAACUAGUACAAAUAUUUUCAUGAUGAAUAGACAGUGACUCCAAUCCACAACUAGCCGUGAUCGCAGGGGAAGAAAGGCGUUUACGCAACAAUGCAAGAAGAUUCUUUCCACAAAGCCCAGAUCUUCAGGCGAAAUAUUGGUUUCUAUUCAGACGGGAUUUCUUCUGUUUAUAAGACACAUCCUCUUAGUGACGCUUUUGCCCCUAGAGGGAGUGUAUGGAGACAAUUUAAGACUAGAGUUAUAAAAACUUUAUAUAAUAUUUAUGUAGAUUAUUUUAAUAAUAUUAUCACAAGCAUGCCUACGCGAAUGUACGUUGUAUUGCAGGCUGGCGGCUUUAGAAGAAAAUACUGAGAAAGUUACUACGACAACGUAUCGUAUAUCGUAUUUCCGUAUCAACGAAUCCCACACUUGUUCGCGUAAUAAUUUCCAUAUUUUCUCACAUGUAUAUGAUCGUUGUUGGGAAUUUAAAUGCACAGUUGCGUGAGUAAGGAAUAAAUUAAUACUUUGGCUUUAAAUUGUGCACGCGUUUCGUUAUGAAAGACAGAGAAAAUGGUUAAAAGUAGACGAUUCCCACUUUUCCAUUUACAAAUUAUGAUGUCAUAUUUCAAUAUACUAUAAAUAGGUGGAAUCGUCGACGAAAGUCGGAAUUUCAUUGAAUCAAAUUGAUUUCGCUCGAAGUUAUCCACAUAACCAACUCCCUUUGACAUAAGCACAAUAAGCUAAGAGAGAAAAACAGAAGAAUUGUUGGACAUAAUUGCCUUUUCUACAUAAAAUGUGACUGGGAUUCGUGUGGGAUUCGUUGACGUGUCAUAAGCUAAAUAGUUAGUGACGACCAGAAUACUUAUUUGUUAACGCCUUAAUGUACGUUAAAUUAAAACACAUCACUACAGAUCACUGUUCAACGUAUAAUAUUAACUCAGAAAGGCACCGAGCGCAAGCCGCAAUGUUUCUUUGUGCAUCACGCCGAAUAUGUCUAUGGAGCAGAAACAUUCGACAACUUACAUUCAUCAUUUCUGUGUUCACGUGAUCAAUAGAUGGAUUGUUAUUUUAAUCAAGUGGGGCGUCACAAGUUGCAAGGAAUGGCGUGUCUCCCUCGAGAACAACAUCAUUGCUCAUCUUAUUUUUCGGGGAUGGAAAAUGAACCGUGUCACCUUCUAAGACCUGCAAAAACUCGCUCCACGCUAUAAGGAAUGGUUUCCCCAACCCUACAUUUUAAGCCCAUUUAUACGUGUAUGAAUUUAUACCUAUAUCACGUUUAACUGAAAUUACUUUAUCAUCGGCCGACCAGCCAAGUAAUGGGUAAACACUUGUCGAUCAGCUUCUUGGUAAAUUUAAACUUUUCAAUCAAGGCUGAACAUAUAAUAGAAACUUUAUAUUUAUGAUACAAUAUUCUGCCAGCUGCCUACAAUCAGUGACAAAAUGUUUUUGGACAGUGAUACAAUAUAGACAUAUCUGCGCCUUUCCAAAUACUGUUCAGUAUAAAACCACUAUCCCUCCCUCCCCCCCCCCCUAAACAAUGUUGGGUGGCUGGCAAGGAAUAUUUUGCGCCGGUAUUUCCACACACAGCAUUGAACGGGGGGUGCGGGGGGUCGAUUGUGUUGUAAAUGUACGCUCUUUUGCUAUUGUGUCCAAAGUGUUUUGUCACGGAUUGCAGAUAUAUUUUCGGCCAAAGGCGAAACGAUUUAACGACUUUCAUGACAAAUCCAACAACCCAAACGCUGAAAAGCAUUAACAAAUUAGUUUGUAUAUCACUGUGUUUUUUCCACAGCAUUUUCAACAGUUUCACC